AUGCCCUUCAACCUUGGAAUAACGGCACAACAGGGCCACCACCAGCCUCCUGAACCGCGAACACUGGACAUGACAAGACUCUCGAGUGACCUCUCCACCAGGAGCGCCGCAUUAGCGGCCUUCCACCUCCCUAGCUCCCUGAAUAGACCCUUCGACCCUCCGUUGAGGGUUGCGUCCGAAGAGCCCAAGACCAUCGACUUUGCCAAGGUUACCUUACCUAACCGAGAAGAUCAAGGUACUUUGCUCGUUUUGCACUGCAAGUACCUCCUUCGCCCACGAUCAAGGGCAGGGAACCUCAGGCCCACCGACUGGCACCGAGGCGUGUGGCCGAGAACCCCCGCCACCUCCGUCCGUCACUCUCUUCUUCCCAUGCCGUCCCUUCACUUGGAUCGCUAUCGUGAUUGGGUCCAGGAAAUCUUCCCCCGCCGGAAGUCCAUCAGAAGGCUGGGAAUCCCACCUCGCAGGCUCGACUCUCUCUGUGGCGCCUUCGUGCACAAGGAUCCUACUGUUCCCAAGGCAAAUCAUACUACGUAA